AGGGAUGAGGUCGCGAUGACAGCGCAGCACCUCGGUCGUUAGAGCACGAGAUGGGAAACUGUUUCUCGCAAGCCCCCGAAGCCUCCCACGAUCCUGUUCCGAUCGGGGGGAGCAAAGUCCAGCAGGCCGACGUUAAGAGUCAAAGGGUGUUGCCGAUAGAGGUGGAAGUUCACAAGGAAGACAUCAAAGAGAAAGAUGUAGUUGAGGUUCAGACUGUCAGUCAGGCUAUCAGUCAGGUCGAACGUGGGAGCAACCGAGUGAGCGACGAGCAGCGGACGGGGGAGGACAGCGACGAGUUUGUGGACGCCUACGACGAUAUCCGUCACUUCGAGAGGAGCGAGACUCCGGAAGCUCCACAGCCUCCAGUCGUCAACGGGGAGCCGCAGGAGGCAGAGAGGAAGCGGAUACUAGAGGUUAAUCCUAUGCUGCUGGAGAAGCACGAUCGAGUGGGCAAGGGAUCUAGCGGCUCAGUGUACAAGGCGUUACACGUCGAGACAGGGAGGAUCGUCGCGUUGAAAUGUGUCCCUCUUACUCUCAAGGCGGGCGAUAGGGAGGAGGUUGUCGUGAAGCUGCGGGAGCUCUACAGCUCCGACCACCCCAACGUCUGUCAGUUCCAUGGAGCCGAGUACGAUGCCGAGCGUUCCACCAUCCUCAUUGCCAUGGAGUACAUGGACCUCCGUUCUCUCAAGGUGCCCCGCUCCCGAGGAGGGGAGGGGGGGGGAGGAGGAGCAGCUGAUUGUCUACUGCAGAUCUUGGAGGCUCUGACUUACCUUCACACCACGAGGAGGAUCAUCCAUCGAGAUGUCAAACCCUCAAACGUGCUGGUGAACUCCAGAGGUUCUUUCAAACUCGGGGACUUUGGCAUGUCCAAGGAGCUUUCCAACACUCUCAGUGCUGGGCAGACUUGGGUUGGAACAAGCUCCUACAUGUCUCCAGAGCGAGUCUCCGGCCUCGACUACUCCUACAACGCUGACGUGUGGGGACUGGGCAUUCUCGUCUACGAGAGCUGCUCCGGUCAGCCAGCUUAUGCGGGAUCCACCUUCGAGCUGCUGGACGAGAUCGUCGAUGGCGAACCCCCAGCGCUAACAGCUGAAGCCUUCAGCGAGGAGGCUGUCAACUUUGUGCGGGUCUGCUUGGAGAAAGAUCACAAGAAACGUCCAGAUUGCCCGCUCCUCUCCUCUCAGCCCUUCAUCCUCCUCCAUGCCAAGUACAACAUCACCGAAUGGCUCGCCUCCCUCUGAGAGCUCCUCCUGCUCCUCCUCUUCGCCUUCCUCCUCUCCUCCUUCCCUUCCUCCUCUCCUCUCCUCCUCUUCUCCUCUUCCUCUUAUCAGCCUGCAGUAACUCGACGAGCAGAGGAGAGUUUCGUUGAGAUGUAAGAAUACACGAGCACC